AUUAUGAUGGCCGAGUAACGUCGCUGGCUUGUGAGUGUGUCAACAAAAACUAUUGUGCUAGGUGUACUCCCAUCUAGACUACCGAUGUUUUGUCGCUUUUCUUUACGAGGUAAGCUACCAGGUUCCAUGGACACCGCUGCUCUUUAACCGUCCGUAGCUUUCAGUUUCUAUGGAUGCAUCCGCCGAUCAAAGCCCCUGAGGCACCCGGCAUGAAACGCAAGAAGAGCCCGCAGCCGGGCCACCGGGUGCUGGUGCCACCUGCCGAAAGCCCCGGGCCCUUGUCGCCCCUGCAGCACGGCCCGCCACCGAUGCGUGCACGGGGCUCCUCUGCGGGCUCCCUUGACGACGACAUGGUGGCCGACAACACAACACUGGAGGGUGUGGGGCCUGCACUAGUGGCCAGCUCUUCACUGCUGGCCAAUGGGGGCGCAGCAGCGGCAGAAGCUGGAGGUGGUGCGGCUGCACCUGGCGCAGACGAAACAGACACGCUACUGGCUCACACACCUGACCUGCACCGAACCAGGGCAGCCCUGGAACACGUCAGCCACAAGAUUGCUCGGACUAGGGAGCUCAUCAAGGCUGAGCAGACGACUCGCGACGACAAUGUGAACGAGUACCUGAAGCUGGCGGCAAAUGCGGACCGUCAGCAGAUGCAGCGCAUCAAGAGCGUCUUUGAGAAGAAGAACCAGAAGUGUGCCCAAUCCAUUGCCCAACUGCAGCGGAAGCUGGAGGGGUACAUUCGGCGCAAACGCGAACUGGAGACCCAUGGAGCCACCACGUCUUCCUCCUGGCAGCCGCGAGACGUCCUGCAGAAUGUAGGGCAAGGCAUCAGUGGAGUAGUUGGCAACAUCAAGGGUGGGCUGUCUGGCCUGGCGUCCGUGGCGCACUCAUCAACCGACAACAAGUAUGCAUCAGACGAGGACAGCUCGAGCCUGACAUCCGAGUCGAGCCAAAUGGCGUCUGUGUCACACCACCCGGGUGCCGUCGGUGGCGGGAUGGGAUCGGGAGCAGCCACAGCCAGCCCUCGGCAUCCGCCACUGGCCCCUCCCCAGGACCAGCCUCCACUGCUCGGCGUGGCUAGCCCGUGCGUCGCCCCUCCCCCUCUUUCUUCCACGCUUGGUCAGAGCUUGGUCCCCGAAGCAGAGCUUGAGCCCUUGCUUGCCGAGCUUGCCGAGCGGCGGGAAGAAUGCCAACGCCUGGCAGAGGAGAUUGAGGCGCUUAAGAAUCAGCUGCACCACGAAUGUUCCUACUUCAGCCAAGCCUUGCAAGAGGAGCGGUACAGGUAUGAGCGUCUGGAGGAGCAGAUGAAUGAUCUUAUCGAGCUGCACCAGAAUGAGAUGGAGAACCUGAAGCAGGGCAUGGCAGACAUGGAGGAGAAGGUUCAAUACCAAAGCGAGGAGCGCCUGCGAGACGUCCAAGAGCUUCUCGAAAGCUGUCAGACACGGAUCAGCCGCAUGGAGCACCAGCAGCACCAGCAACUACAGCAGCUGGUGAGCCUGGACGCCCUGGACAACUCGCAGGCACGUGCCCUGGGCCUCAAGCUGGUCAAUGUCCUGCUCAUGCUACUCCAGUUGGCCCUGCUCCUCGUUUCCACCAUAGCCAACAUUGCCAUGCCCUUCCUGCAGUCCAGGUUACGAAUUAUCACCACCGCUCUUCUGAUCCUGGCCAUCGUCUCUGCAGCCAAGCAGUGGCAGGAGCUGUCAGCCUGGUUUCGACUACAACUGAACGAAGCACUCGAGCGAUGGAAAUGAGCAAACGCAGGGAAUCGCUGUCCAUUGCUGACCAGCCAGCCGCACUUGCGUCCAGGCCGGCCUCCGCGUGGCCCGCUUGUGCCUCAAGUUCCGGUCGAAGCAACGUUAGCGACGGGCGCCAGCUCGGAAUCCCCACCUUGAGUCACGCUGAGCCGCGCCGUCAGCGUUGCAUUUGACACCAAGCGAAAUAUGGCCCGCAUGCCGAGACUAGCCCAAAUCGGAAAGGAGCAGACGUCAUCGCCUGUCGGACAAAAGCUCUGCACUGCUGUGCCCUUUCUUUCUGAACUCCCUGGGGGAGUGAGUCGUGCAUAGUUGUGUCGUUUCGGACUGUUCUCUGUUCACCCCGUUGCGUGUUGUCUGUCCUUUGAAGCAUGCAUUGCUGCAGAAUCAACUCGCAUGACAUCGUUUGGAAUGGCUACCACUGCACAGUGCUUGUGCUGCUGCCUUCUGCGCGGUGCCGACACAGCAGCCCCCUUCCUUCCUUGAACGCAGCUGCACCCCACCAUGUAACAGAUAGAUUGGUUGGUGCCUUACGAGUUGUCACCGUGGAGAGAAGCAUUUGUUUGUUGUUAGCAACUCUGCACACCCAAAAUAAUUUUGUUUUGUUUUAGUUUAACAGCUGCUUUUAUGAGCGGGAGUGGUCUGCGUGUGCAGUAGUAAUUUUGCUUUCUUUUUGGUUAGGAGCAGCAAGAGUACCGAUUCUCUCUCUCUCUCUCUCUCAGCUUUCCCACACAUUUUAUUUUGUGCAGUGAAAAUGCUACACUGAGACAGGUUUUGUGCAGCUGACAAAUUUUUGUUUCCAUCCUUUUCACUGCAUGAAAGUCUUGACUCUGCCGUGCCACCGCCUGUGCAUUCAAGCCAGCUUCAUCGUGAGAACUUGGACCUUGAGCCUAAUGAUGUCUUACUAAAUGAAGCACAUUGAGAGCUGUCGCACUUCGAAACAUUCCAAAGCAUAUCAUGCGAGUGACUUCAUAGCAGCUGCUACUACACUGGUUUCCUGAACUUUGUGUGACAAAGUAGGAUUGCUGGUCAUGUCAAGCUUUUAAGGCGGUAAGCGUGUUGUAUACACACUACAUGUAGACUGGCGUACAUGUGUGUACGAUGUGUAAGUCAUUCUUUUAAAUAUUCUGUGAUAAGUGAGCAAAAGGGAUUUUGGAGUUGUGGCAUCAACUGCAUGAGCCCUGCCGUUUGAGGCAGGACAUUUUACCUCGCCAACAGGCCUGUCGGAAAACUCGGCACAAACUGCCUGUUGCCUAAUUUCCUCGGGACAAUUGUGUAAGCAGUUCUUCCAUGAUGCUGCUUUCCUCCUGUUUUUCCCUUGUCCUCAAUAGGCCGGGCAAGUGUUUUGCAUUUGGAUGCUUGGCCCAUUAUUAACAUGCUUUACAGGGCAUCAUGUUAUAGUGACGACAGUGUUGCUCUGCAAUCACAUUGUUUGUUCUUUUUCUAGCGCUUGGUCUUCAUUGCAGCGAGGCCCUGUGUUGUAGGCAAAUGAAUUCGAUGCAUUCCAGAUCAGACUGGUGAUCGUACCACGUAGGUUGGUGUCUGUCAUGACUCUUGCUUUGAUUUAUGCCUGGAAACAUGGAAAUUCUGUAUGCUGCUGUCUUGAGACAGCAUCCAUUUCAUCGGUUCUUUUUUGUUUUUUUAGAUGUAGUUUAAAAGCAAGGCCUGAUGGCUGCCGCAUUUUUACUUUGUCAUCUGCAUGUGAGCAAAACAAAAGCAUUUUAAUUCCACUUACAUCUGCAUGUUUUACGCGGCAGAGCUGUCACUUGCGCAGAUGUUGAACGUACUACUAGUGGAGAGCUUGUGCAUUUUGAAGCUACAGGAUGGUAGUGGUUUCGCAGUUUAUAGAUAUGUCUAUAUUGGCUUUGCUGCAAUACCAAAGUAUCGCUCUCUUGUCAAAGAGGAAAAUGAGAUUGUACGAAGUGAACACUUUUUAACAGCGUCACAGUGAUAUUGUUAUGCUGAAGUGACCUAGGCUGUUUAUUAUACCUUAGUCUUUGAUGACUGAAAAGGCUGUCUAAUCGAAAAUUAAGUUAUUGGCAGUUGUCUUUUUUGUUGGUAUUGUCACAGGGAAUGUAGAUUUGAGUAUGUGAUGUGUCUAAAUUGUAUCAUUGGCAAAUAUUGUUUAAUGAAUCCGAAACACUUCGUUAAGUGUUUCAAAGGUUGAAUAAAAAGGAAAGUAUACUUGA